AUGAAACUUGUGGCAGGUAAUGUGUUUCACAACUGCAAGGGACAACUGUAUCUAGCUUUAUUAUUCUCUUUUCAAAAGAAAAGUGAUACAUUUUUUAAAAAAUUAAUCAACUACAACUUUCUCUUUAGUCUUAUUUCCAAUUUAUUCCAGAAAAGACAUUGUUUAAAACUAAGUUGAAGAAAAACCAAUCACCCAUUAACCCAACUUUGAACUUUACCUUAAGAAUGACAUUGACAGUGGAAGUCUUAGAUCUUAAUGCAGGCAGUGACAAUGAAAUUGCUUCCUCAUUGUUUUUAAUGUAACAUUAUUUAAGAUAUUUAAUGCUGUUUGUAUAUUCUAGUGUUGCCUCUUGAAAACCAAUUUUGCAGAUAUUAAUGGAGCUUCAUUUAAAAAUUUCCAUAGUCUUACUCUCUCCUAGAAACUCUUGACCAAUGAUUUGGUAGAUACACGGUAACAUGCAGAUAUUUUACAGUGUAUGAGUUGCAUAGUCCUUUUUUAAACCCCACAAAAACAAAAACACAAAGAUACAGGUUGCUGUCAUUCUAGACCAUGGUCACAAAUUUAUACUGAAAAAAAACUUGCAUGGCCAUAGAUACGUAUUGUCUUGAUUUGCCUCACUUAAUGUGAACUUCUAAAACUUGUACAGGCAAAGUUGCUGAGGUGCUUUUGAAAUUAUUCCAGGAUGUUGCUCAAAAUAUUGGAAAGUCUAAGAAGGUAAGUAUCUGCAUCAUUUUGUAACUCUACACAUAAAUCUUCUUGUUUGAAUUGAAUAGAUGAAAGCGAAGCUAUUUAGAUUUCAACGGAUAAGCCGCAUAAAUGUCACCUCAUCAAUACCUAAGCCAACACUGUCAAGCACACAGGUGAAGAAAAUGGAUGAUGAAAGCUCACCUUAAAGAAGCAGCAAACUAACAAGGCUAACUCUCAAUAUUACAAAAUAAAAGAAGUGAAAAAAUUAUUAUUAACAGUUCAUAUUUUAUCCUUCAGCUAAAAAAAACAUGGCAAACCUAAUGAAAAUGUGAUAAAGUUAAAUAAAAUUAAUACUGUUCUACUAUGAAGAUUAAUGGAGGAAUCAUUAAAGCUUGACUAUCACUGUCUUAUUCUUAAUAUUCCUUAAAACUAUCUUCUGUGUUUGACAGAAACAUUUAAGUUACACAGGUUACAGACAACCCUUCCAGUCAAAGUCAAAACAAAAGACAAAAAUUCCAUCUUCAAACAUUCAAUGAAAUUGUUGAUACAAAGUCUCUUCCUCUUUCGUACAAACAUCUGGAUAGCAACCCACAGUAUCCAAAUCCAGCCAUUUUAUGCGACUACAGCAACUGUGCUGUAACUCAAGACACUGACCAAUUUGUAAGACUAGCUUGCUGCCACACUUUCCACCAAGAAUGUUACCUUCGAAAUAACUCUAACUGUCCAAUCUGUACUAAGCCUCUGUUAAAGAAAGUAGCCAUGCUGGCUGAUACUUUUAAUCUCAGUUUACUAACACCUACUAAAUCGUCGUCAUCAACUACCAAUGCAGAAACAUCCAACUUAUCCUCUGAAGAGCCUGACACAGAAUUAACUCCUAACAAUUCAAGACAACCUAUUUUCUAUGAAUCCGAUGAAAGGGAACAGUUUGUAGAUCAUGCUUUAGCUAAUGUCACUGUCCCACAACCUCCAAGUUUAAGAGUACAAGGACAACAACAAGAAUGUCAACAGCAACAUCCAAAGCAACCACACUGCCAAGACCAAGGAGUCAAUCACCAAGCGCAACAAGCAAAUCAAAACAUCAACAUCACAUCAGUGAACAGUGCAGGCAGCAAAUUCCUUUUUUUUCCACAGUCUGUUUCGCAGGCUACUAUGAAUGGCAGGAGGGGGUCAAACGCUUGCACUUUCAUUGCAUUGUACUUGGCAAAAAGUUAUCAUGCCAACAUAGGACACCUACCACCCCCAACACAAAUUUCACCUGUGUGGGCUGCUGUUGUGAUGUCCUGCAUCAUUCAGGGAAAUUCCACACAUGACACUUUAACUGGGGGAAGAGCAAUUAAUUUUGCUGUGGAUGAUGCAGUCCAACACCUUAGACAAAACUUGGGACAAAUUCAAAUGGAAGAUUCGUUUGACAUCACAUUAACCAGUGAAGAUAUAAAUGUACCCCAGUCAUCAGCAGCAUUUUACCUCCAACGUUUAACUCAAGAAGCUAAUCUAUCUGCAAUUCUUAUCAUCACCGAUAUGACAAUUUGUUUUGUUGCACAUGGAGCAAAUAUUGUGAUGUUCGACAGCCACUUGCAUGGUAAUUUUGGAGCUCUUAUUGCCAGUACAACUGUUGAAAACACCGAGAAUUUCUUGAAGGCAGUGAAAGCGAUGAUAAGCCCAAACUACAACAUGUGCUCCUUAACAUUUGUUAAGUUUGCUUAA